AUGCUUUUGUUCAAGGACGUUAUUUCUGGGGAUGAGCUCGUUUCUGAUGCUUACGGCUUGAAGGAAGUCGAUGACAUCGUCUAUGAAGCCGAUUGCCAAAUGGUCACCAUCAAGCAAGGUGGUGACAUCGACAUUGGUGCUAACCCUUCUGCUGAAGAGGGUGGCGAUGGUGCUGAAGAGGGUACCGAAACCGUUAACAACCUUGUGUACUCUUUCCGUUUGAACCCCACUAGCUUCGAUAAGAAGUCUUACAUGUCCUACAUCAAGGGUUACAUGAAGGCUAUCAAGGGUCGUCUCCAAGAGAAGAACCCUGAACGUCUUCCCAUCUUUGAGAAGAAGGCUGUUGAGUAUGUCAAGAAGAUCUUGGCCAACUUCAACGACUACGACUUCUUCAUUGGCGAAAGCAUGGAUCCCGAUGCUAUGGUUGUGUUGAUGAACUACCGUGAAGAUGGCAUUACUCCCUACAUGACCUUCUUCAAGGACGGCCUUGAUGCCGAAAAGUUCUAA